UCGUAGCGGCUGCUCGAGGCGCAGCAGGAGCUCCAGCAGUCAGUCAACCCGGUUAACACAUCUGCGCACAGCACACAGUGAACUCCGCCGUUACAAAAUGGAUUUGUCAAUAGACACUUGAGCGAGCGGACGAGAGCAGCGUUUUGCGAGUCUGUGUGCGAGCGACGAGUGGCCCAAGAGGAAUGCCGAGUUGCUAAUAUACAGGGUGCAGCAAGCGAGAGGAGGCCAUUAUGGGCUGCAAGUUGGGCAAACUGGUCAGCUCCCAGGGGGGCAAAGGGGGCGGCAAAGACGGGCCUCCGGAGCCGCCGGCGCCCGCGCCUCCUGACCCGCGCCUCCCGCUGACCGCCAAGCAAAAAUACAACAUCAUGGCCUCGUGGAAGGGCAUCAGCCGCGCCAUGGAGCCCACCGGGGUCUACAUGUUCAUCAAGUUGUUCGAGGAACACGCAGAGUUGCUCGAUCUGUUCACCCAUUUCGCCGAACUGCGGACCAAAGAGGCGCAGCAGAGUUCCCUCGAGUUGGCCGAGCACGCCACCAAGGUGAUGAGCACCCUGGACGAAGCAAUACGCACCCUCGACACUCUGGACCAGACGAUACAAUACCUGCACUCCGUGGGCGCCGUGCAUAGACGCAUACCCGGAUUCCACAAGGAGUACUUCCAGCGAAUAGAGAAGCCGUUCUUGGACGCAGUCAAGACUACCCUAGGUGAUCGUUACACAGAUAACGUGGACGUGAUUUAUCAAACAACAAUCAAAUUCAUCAUCGCCACGCUGGAGGAAGGCUUCGAGUUGGGUGCGACGAACCCCGAACUGGCAAAUUCGUACGUGGACUACAGCAAGUCGUGAGUGCGUGGCGACCCCGUCAGCGGAAUAAAAAGUGCUCGUUUGUUAUCAGAUGCAAUAAAAUCAAAAACCUUUCUUUUUACGCGAUCGAGUGAGCAGGUGAAGAAGGGUGCGAGAAUCGCGCGCGGGCCGUCAGAUUUCCGAGGGACCCGCCUUGUGCUUUCUCGGAGCAUUUCGUGUGUAGUUGUUGCGAUUUAAUUCCGAAUCGGAGAGAGCGUUAAUUAUCCCGUGGAUGUACGUCUGGAGCACGUCUCAUGAGUGUGUGUGUGUGUUCUGUAAUAAUGCCGUUCGUGUGUAAUGUAACUCGUGCACGGAAAGCAUGUGUGUGUUCUCUGGUAGAUGCUGAGCCCCGAAAACAUGUAUAGGAUGUGCCACCGCAAGAGGCUCUCAAAGCGCUGGCUGCAACGACACUAUACUGCUCUACACUAUUUCUAGUCAAUCUCACACAUACACGUAAAACGACUGAGCUUAAAUUUAUAACGCCUGUUAAAAUUAAUAUACGCUCGAAUAAUAAUAACGAGGCCAGAGUUGAACGUGCGCGCACCCACAAACUUAUCAGCGAAAUUAUCGAUUUUCACCGCAGAGGUGGAUGCAAGGCGAGCAAAGCGGCAUUCUAAAUUCGUCCCCGAACUGGUUGUGUACCCUCUGGGAAGGCGACAGGCAGCAAAACUCAAUUCGACCUUCUGUCAAGCGCUAAUCCGGUCAAACUAACUAACUGAAACUUACUUCCUAUCGAGGGCCAGUUGUAUGCAACCCGCUCAACUCGGACGUGGUGCAGAUUGCAUAACUUGAUUGGAAAACAAUGCUGUUUUAACAAUUGCAAAGUUUGAUUUUAUCGUUUCGCGCUCAUGACAACGUAAAUUUAAAUGAUUUUUAAUUUUUAAUGGAACAUUUUAUUAAAUUUAAUUAAGACUCUCUGAGAAGUAAAAAAAAAUACAAAUGGAAUUGGACAAGUUUUAAUUUUCCUGGAAAACUGCAGGUGUGAUAAGAUUUGUAUUUGGUUGAGAAGCUGUAUGUUAUUUCGGUUAUUUCAAAGUCAAAAUCUACUUGUGGGGCAAAAAAUUUGAAUCGAAAGGGAAUUAUGGAUGGAAGCAAUAAGAAAAUCUCACUUCAGAACAAACCCCUUUGUUUCUUCACACUUUGUUCACCUUCUGUCUAUAACUCCUGCACUUAUAUAUUGAGAUUUUUGCCUUCAGUAUGAAUCCAAGAAUUCCUCUGCUUGACUUUAAAUUCCAUUUAUUUAAUAUUUUUGUAAUUUCAAAAUUAAUUUUUAUCUCUUUCUCUUCCAAAUUCCUUUCUUAAAGUUAGCGUGAUAUUCUCAAGUUUGAAUUUAAUGGAUUCAAAAGUUUUAAAUAUCUGCCAAGCUUUUUAGCCAAUUGCAUCACACCUCGCUCAACUUCAAACACAAAUUAAUUAAAUUUUAAUGAAACUUGAUCAAAAUUUCAAGGGAAAGAAUAAAAAAAAGGGGCACAUCUCCGUCGGCGAAAUAUUAAUUUCCGCCCUCGCGUCAUGAAAGUUGCUGAAUCAAAUUUUGCAGACGUUGCCCGAGAGUUGGUCGGGUCGUUAAACAAGCACUGCCUGACAAUUUCGCAGAUAAUCAAAAUUUUCCACCACGAGCGGUUUCUUUCACUCCUCGCGAGAAACGACGCUAAAAAGCACGGUGAUAUAUUUUCGAAAGAUUUUGCUGAUGACUCUGGUCGGUUUUUAAACGGUCGCUAACUAAACCUCAAAGUAAAUGCCUUAAAGCAAUUAAAUCUAAUCACCGCGCGCAGCCAGCAGCGCCGAACGAGAGCUAGCAAACUGCUGCCGCACUCAUUAAAAUGCAAAACACCUGCCAGCCUGGCCACCCUAAUUAAUCGGGAGCGGCGUUUGUGUGUAUGUUUGGUGCACCCCCUCUCAGGCUGAUUGAUGCAGGUGCCGUUGUUGCAGUGCUGCGGGCUUGCCUACUAAUUAUUCAAUUAGUACGAAAAUCAAUUCACGGCGGUCUGUGUGGCGGAAAGGCGCUAAUCUGCGCGCAAUUAUCAUCCUCGCGUGUGUAUGAGUGUGGACGAGUGCAUUGAUCGUGUGUGCGUUCAAAGGCAGUCAGUCCUUGCACAGUUCGAGUCGCAGAAAUAAAGGGCGUGGAGAAAGUUGGCAAAGUUUGCGUCGUACCACUUUUUGUGCGCGACGACCGUGUAAUUAGGACUGCUUUUUGCGCCAAGACGCUUCCAAGGAUUAAUUAAUUAUGGCAACACUACCCCGGCGUGGGUUGCGAUUUCAAUGGAAGUCGACAAGGCUAAUUUCAAGCAUUUUGCUUUCAUCAGAGAAUUGUGAAUUUCCAGAAUUUCUAUAUUUGGGCUCGUUUUGUAUUACGGAAAAUUAUGUUGCAAAUGGAAAACGGCUUCAAAUUAAUCAAAGAGAAGCCUUUGCUUUCAUCUCUUUGCCUGACAAAUUAAAUGUACAGCCUUUUAAUAAUGAGACAGGCUUCAUAUUUGUUUAAUUGGUUUUUUUUCUUCUUAAUUUUGUUAUAAAACUCUUAAAAUUAAUAUAAUCUCAAUGCUUCAAUAAAACUUAACACAAAAUUUAUUUUAGCCAUUUAAAAAAAAAUUUGUCUGCAAAAUAUAAUCCAUCAUUUAUUAGAAAAUAAUUUAUCUGCUUCCAUAAAUCGGCGCCCAUCACGCCCAGGAUGAAUUCGUCGCUAAGAAAAAUUUUCGGCGUCUCUUUUGACAGCUCCAAUGAAGCCAUUUGGAAAGUUCUUAAGCAAUUCCAGGCAGCUCCUUCCCUCAGAUUUCGUCGCCGCACCGUAAAAUUUUAUGGGCCGGUGAUACCACCGCGAUUUAUGAUCUCGGGGCUAUCCCUGCUUCGCACGCACGAUGAAAUUUUCCGAUUCAGACGGGCUGCGAGCGAUUAGGAAAAAUAUUUGCGCGCACUCAAACACACACGAGCCUCGCCUCUUCGAUAGAAUAACAGAGUAGACUGAAAAAUCCCACUCGGCAAUUUUCGUUCUCGCCGCAACUUUGACUACCUCGCUCUUGCUCGCACUCUCUCCUGUAACUCGAUUAUACGCCUCCGCCGUUUCUCGAUCUCGAAUUUCGCCGGUGCAAAAAUAAUUCGCUACACGUGGCGCAAUCAAGCAGGAACAGGGGUGAGCCGGCUGAGCGACGUGUUGGCGUGUUUUUAUCAUUGCAGUUGUGUUCACGAAUGUCUGUUCAAUUUUGGCGCCUAUCAAUUAAAAGUGUGCGUGCGUUUUGAGUAAUUAUCGCGUUACACGCAAGGAACAUCCACGAAAACGUGCACCCCGUAUGCAAAUCCACUCCGAGCGUGUCAAGAAAUGCACAUUUUUAUUUCCAGACGAAAAACACGUGGAAUGGUUUUUGAUUAAGAUUAAUACUUUAAAAAAUCCUACGUGCAUUUCCGUUGAUUUAGAGAGAAAAUUUUUUAUGAUACAAUAAUUUUUGUGAUAUUCCAGUUACCCAGCUGUCAGCAGUAGAGAAAAUUAGAAAUUGAUUUACUGCGGACAAGCUUAAAUCUAGUUUUAUUCAAUAUGCCAGCCUUGCGUUUGGCUACACACUGUAUGUAGGCAAUAGGAGAUCGUAGCUGUUGCGCAGGUUGCAUAUAUUUGUCCAGACAUAACAUUCAUCCAGAAACAGAUUUAAAUAGCAUGUAUGCCGUUUCCGCGAAUGGUCCUUGUUGAGGCAAUUUGAAGUUUUUACGCGACGCAAAAGAGUGAAACCUAAGUGUACUAACUGUGCAAAAAAGUAUGUAAAAAAACAACGUUGUGCGAACGGUUGGCUCUCCUGUCCCAGUGGGUGAGAAUGAAAUUCAAUCGCGAGAGGGGAUCAAAUCUUAAUUUAUUUUUGAUCAAGUAAAUUUCCCCUGGCAACAAACAAUUUUGAGGGUUCGAAAUUCAAUUUUAAGAAUAUUGUGGACUUCUUACCCGUUCCAAGAACUGGAAAUUUUGUGUAAAAUGUGUCAAAGACAAAAACGCCUCUGGACGAUGUUUUACCGAACCCACAUAACAGUCGAUGUCAAAAUUUUAAUGUGUUGAAAGACCAACGCCACCAAAUGUCAUUACCACAACCACACUAAUUACUACCGAUUGCUGAGGAAUUGUACCUUUUUAGACGGCAAGUGUGUUUACCGAGGAAAAUAAAUAAAUUAUCACUAUGUCAUUUUGUACAGAGUUAUUAUUAGGGCCGAUCGCGUUAGAGUCAUCUCUGUUCAAGCAGGGUCUGUCUGUGCGGUGAAGGGAAAGAUCACAAACAAAAAUGUAGGUUGUUUUAGGACCGUAGAUUGGUUUUGUUUGUUAUGACGGGAAAUGACGCUUCAAAACAAGUGUGUCUUAAUUAGAUAUUUUAUUAAUCAAUAGUGAGCCGCGAAAAGGAUGUAUGAUUUUAUCUCAAAAACAGAUCAUUGUUAGAGUCAAUUAAAUAGGGCGCCGAUAAUAAACGAUAGACUUAAUUAAAUGGCAUUAAGACUUAAUUUGUUUUGAGCACGAUUUCCCUUGGGUCAUAUUCCAUUUAUGUAAUUAUCAUUAUUAUUUGUUAGGAGUUUUCUGUUUUGUAUAAAAAAGAGAUCUCAAAUUUUGCACUAACUUUGUAUUAACAUUUGAAGAAAUAUUUACUUGAUGUAUUGUACAAUAAUUAAUUAUUACCAUGAAAUCGUUUAUUAUGCUUUUAGUGAGAACUGUUGAAUUGUUUGCUUCUUGUGUAACGGAAAGGAAAU